GCACUAACACCAGCCCAAAGAUUCACCACUUUAUAUGGCGCUGCAUAAGCAACUCGAUCCCAGUAGCAGGGAACAUGGCUCGCAGGCAUAUAUCAAAGGAAGCAGCAUGCUUUAGAUGUGGUCACGAGGAAGAAACGAUAAAUCAUGUGCUCUUUCAGUGUCCUUUUGCUAGACUGGUGUGGGCUCUCUCGCCAAUACCGGCUCCUCCAGAAGGUAUAAUGAUGCAGUCUCUAUACUCUAAUGUGUAUCACAUGCUUAACAUUCAGAAAGCAUACCCUCGAGAUGAUAUACAAGCCGACAUUGUUCCAUAGCUGUUAUGGCGUCUCUGGAAAAAUAGAAAUGAGCUACUAUUUCAAGGGAAGGAAUAUGAGGCAGAGAGUAUCUUAAAGAGAGCUGAAGAGGAUGCCGAUGAAUGGCAGAGGAAGAAACAUGCAGAAGUAUCUGAGGCUGAGAGACUUGGGGCAAAAUGACCCAUGAUUACUAACCAUAUAAGUUCGUGGACUCCUCCUCCUAGAAACUGGCUGAAAUGUAACAGUGAUGGAACAUGGCACAAAGAUAGAGCCACCAGUGGUUUAGGCUGGAUCUGCAAAGAUGAGAAUGGUCAUGUAAUAUGGGUAGGGACGAGAGCUGUGACAAAGGCGGCAUCAUCUAUUCUUGCAAAGGCAGAAGCGCUUAAAUGGGGAGCAGAGACAAUGGCAAGUUUUGGCUAUAACAACAUCAUCUUAGAGUCUGAUUCUCUCGCUCUGGUCAGGAUGAUCAAUGGGUCUGAGGAAGUCUGGACGGUCCUGCAACCAACUAUAGAGGUGAUCCAUUCGACCUUAUCACAUAUUCAGAGCUAUCAAGUUAGGUUUUCUUUGAGAGGUAGAAAUAAGGCAGCUGAUAGAAUAGCAAAGGAGUCUUUCACUUUUGUGUCCAGUUUCCUAAGUUAUAUUUUGUACCAUUAUGGCUGAAGUAUCAAGUUAGGUCUGAUAAUUCAAUAUAUCAAAACAAUGUUGGUGAAUGAAAGUAUUUGAUGAAUCAAAAGAAAAAAAAAACAUCUAGAAGUCGCCAUAUGCACAUUUAAACAUUACGUAAAAUUUCUUAAAACAGUUAUAAAAAUUCUAAAUAAAUGAUUUAGGAGAUCUUUUUAAUCCUGUCGAUUGAUUUGAUUUAUUUUAUGGUUGAAAUUUAGUUAUGAUAUUUCAAAAAGUUACAAAAGAUAUAAUUGAGCGUGAAUCUCUCUCAGGUUGAUUUUUUUUAUUUCUCUUUGUUGAGAGUGAAUUUGUUUGAUAUUUUAUAUUGGCAGCCGUUACUCGUCAGUAACUUCUCAAGGAUAACACAAAUCUCUAAUUUCUCUACUCCUAGAUAUUUACAUUCUUGUUCUCCAGUAAAUAAUGUUUCUCUGUUCUCCUGUUGAAUCUCCGUUUGGUCUUAUAAUUUAAGAAAAAAUAUGUAAUUAUUAGUAACUCCUCGGAUUUGGUGGAUUGUCGUCGUUAGUUACGGUUUCGUCCAUAUAUUUUUAUUCAGAAAUAAUGGCAGAAUCUAAGCAUUUGAUUCGAUCUAAGUCUGAUAUCAGCGCCCAAGUUACUCCUCCUACUUGUGCAAUUGACUCUCAAGAAUGCAGAAGAAUAAGUGGUCCUACCAGAAGAUCAACUAAAGGAGGAUGGACCCCAGAGCAGGACAAACUCUUGAUGAAUGGUGUGUGGAGGUACAAAGGAAAGAAUUGGAAAAAGAUUGCUGAAAGUGUUCCUGGGAGAAAAGACAAGAGGAAGACUGGUGUCCAAUGUCAACACCGUUGGCUAAAAGUUCUUAAUCCUAACCUCAACAAAGGACCUUGGAGAAAAGAGGAAGAUGAUCUCUUGAGUGAAUUGGUUAAUGUCUUUAUUGAGAAUGAUAAGCCUAAAUGGUCCAAAAUAUCCAAGCAACUCCCUGGUCGCAUUGGCAAGCAAUGUCGUGAAAGGUGGCAUAAUCAUCUAAAUCCGACUAUCAAAAAGACUCCGUGGACUAGAGAAGAGGAACUGAUUCUGGUUCAGGCACAAAGGGAUCAAGGCAAUAAGUGGGCCGAGAUUGCCAAGCUCUUGCCUGGAAGGACGGAGAACAAUGUCAAGAACCACUGGAAUUGCUCACUUAAGAGGAGAUCGGAACACCUUGUUACUAGUAGCCCCUUGUCUGGUUAUGGACCUUGUGGUUAUGAAUCUAGCUUUUUCAAUCAAAGCAACAUGAUGGAAAUCAAGAAAGCUGCCAAGAGUCCUCAAAGGGAUUCACUGGAAUUAACUCUAGAGCCCAUGAAUUGGAGGAACACGUCUUCAUCCACAAACUCCCUUAAAGGGGAUGAAGAAUCAACAAUCUCGUCAUCACUAGAAUCUGAUUGGUUAAGACGCAAUAGCAAGGUUGAAAUAUCAAUAACACCUUCUUCAGAUGACCAUCACCACAAGAAUGUAUGGUUAACUCCGCAAUUAACAACUCCGUCUUGUGUAAAAGUUCCAUUGAGUCCGGAAACUCCACAGAGCAGCAGCGCUGGACAAGAAGUGAGGGAGAUCAUAGGGAGAUGGAAAAUGGCUGCGAGUACUUUCGAGAACACACCUUCCAUUAUCUCCAGAAGAAGAUCACCAGCGUCACGGCGCAAACAAGAAAACGACUCACCGUUUCAAAGAAGUCCUCGGACUCUCCUGUCAAGUGAGGAAGAACAUUCAGUUUCAAAUUCUUCUUCUACCAGCUCCUUACUCAUGAAACGCAACAACACUUAUUCAGGUUUAAAACCCUUGGAGAGGCGCUUGGAGUUUGAUUUUAUUUGACAAGUGAACAUACCUUUUUAAAGGUUUCAUACUUGGAAUCAUCAAGUUUAAGAACUCAGCAGUUUGUUUAAUUCUCUUCAUGUAUAUCUUUUUUUAUAUAUAUAUUUGUUGGAGCAAUUUUUCUUCAUGUACAUAUUUGA